CCGCUGAGGUGUCUACAUUGCAAGUGACAUCAUCUUCACCGGGUCGUCAUACGAUGUAGCGAGGAUCGUAUGUAUGUCGGUCGGUAUGUCGUUGUAUGAAUGAAGUGUCAUGUGCUCUCUGUUGUUAACCUGGGUGUUGCUUCUGUCGUGCCGAUCGUCCCUAGCUGCCCAGCCCAACUGGAUGUACCUAGGUGUAGUGGGUGUAGGACCACCCAUGCAGCAGAGUCCUGGAGUGGUGGUGGAGGGGGAGGAUCCAGAGCUAGCGGAGGCUAGAGCUGUAUGUGGCUCACUACCAGGACUGGUGGCUCAGCAGAUUGAGGUGUGCAUGGCUCACCCUGGCACCAUACGCAGUGUCAGCGAUGGUGCACGCCGUGGUAUAGAGGAGUGCCAAUUCCAGUUUCGCAACGAGAGAUGGAACUGUACGACCAAUCCUGAGGAACAAAGUGUUUUCGGAUACAUUCUCGACAGAGGCAGUAAGGAGACUGCAUUUAUCUACGCUGUGACCAGUGCUGGGGUAGUGCACGCUGUCACACAAGCCUGCAGUUCUGGCAACUUGACAGAGUGUAGUUGUGAUGCUGGCAAGCAGGGACAGACCACUCCAGAAGGCUGGAAAUGGGGGGGUUGCAGUGACAAUUUGCAGUAUGGAGUGAACUUUGCCCGCAAGUUUGUAGAUGCUCCGGAGAGGAUAAAAGCCUCUGGACUUUCGAUUAAGAACCAAAAAUCCUGGAGUGUGAGAGUUAGAAUGAAUCUUCACAACAAUGAAGCAGGCAGACAGGUUGUGGCAUCCCUGAUGCGUAUGCAAUGCAGAUGCCAUGGCGUAUCUGGCUCUUGCGAACUCAAGACUUGUUGGAAAACAAUGCCAUCCUUCACCGAAGUGGGUGAUACUUUGAAAAGGAAAUACCAACAGGCUGUACAGGUGUCACGAGGUGUAAUAACCGGAGCUGUUAAAACCAAAGGAAAGAAGCGUUUACGGCGCAAAAGUAAACAGAGUAAGAGGCUACCAGUGGCAAAGGGAGAUUUGGUACACAUCCACAAGUCUCCAAACUACUGCGUACAAGACCCUGUGAAAGGGAUCCCAGGCACACAAGGUCGAGAGUGCAACAAGACUUCUACAGGACCUGACUCCUGUGAUCUCCUAUGUUGUGGUCGAGGGUACAACACUCAGGUGAUGAAGCACGUGGAAAGAUGCCAUUGCAAGUUUGUCUGGUGCUGCUACGUCAAAUGCAAGACUUGCGAGACCCAAAUUGAUCGUCACACAUGCAAAUAAAUCUCACGAAUUGCAGUACACAAAUUAGUUAAGAAAUAAUUUAAGGUAGAGUAAGUUGUGUGCAAUCACAAGUGAUUUUACUGUCAUCGACGUUUGCUUGAUUCUGUUAAGAUUGCUAUGCGGUAACUUAGAGUUAGAUCUUUGUGUCUCAGUGUCCCUAUAUUAGCCUCUCUUCCUUUAGCUCUCUCUUCUCUCUAUUUAUAAUUAAAUUAUAAACUGUUUAGUCAAUAUUAUAUGUCUUAUAAUUUUUUAUGAUAAGAUGCUAAUCUAUUUUACUUUGUAAAACUAAUAACCCAACCUGAAAAAAAUGCCAAAUAUAAAAAAUUAGAUAACUAGAUUUCCAGCUAAGUGUAAUGUAUGCUAUUGUAAGAUUUAUUGUAUUAUUUCCACUUAAAUUAAAUGAAUAUGAUUUGUAGUUGAUAUAUUCAAUUAGUGAUAAAAAUGUUAAAACAAAUAUAUAAAUUCUUAGUUCUAUUAAUAUCCAAUUUUACCGAAGAAAAUUAAUUAUAAAUUGAAAAUCCAGUUAAGUUUGUCUCUUUGUCUUUUUGUUUGAAUGGUAAAUGUAAGAUAUCUAAUCCACAUAAUGAAAGUGUGAUGCAAGGUAAAAAGAAGCACCUAACUUCUAAACAAAUUUUUACUUUGACAGUAACUUGUAGUGUAUUUAGACUCAAGAGACUGUAGUAGCCUCUUAAGCUUUAACAAUGAAAAUCCUUGUAUAACGUUAACAAAUUUAGAUUUCUUACAAAAUAAGUCAAAAUAGUCAAAGUGUAAAACCUUUUCAAUCAGGGUGGGAGCAAAUUUUCUGUUUCUUACCUUAGCUUUCCUUACUCUUGUUGUUUUAUUACUUAAUAAGAAGCAGGACUAACUGUGUUCACUUCCUCUCCCUAAGUUAGUAUGAUAGUGGGAUUGCAUUUAUAAUUAAUGAUCUAAUCUUUUGAUUCACAUGAAUUAAAGCCAAACUACAUGAUCAUGGAGUAACUAAAUUAUGAUAUGGGAUGAAGUGAUAUAUCCUAUAAUUUUGUCAUUGGGUGAUACCAUAGACAAAUAGAAUAAAUAUAGACUGUCAGCUGUGCUGCGGUUGGCAUAAGUCCCGGCAUCCACCGCUAGGUUUGCCGUGUAGUUAUGGCGCACACCGCUGCAGCAUCUGCUGGUCACAUACGGCUCCUGCGCUCCUCGCCUGCAGCGGUGGCCACCGGAACCUUCCUUUGACAGUCUAUAUUUAUUCUAUUUGUCUAUGGUGAUACUCUUGCUGAUCAUGUCACUAAUAAAACCCCAAAACAAAAUUUAGAUUAAUAAUUAAUUACAGUACAGUAAUAAUACUAAAAACACAACUUACUAGACUACUACUUUUGAAACAAUACCUUAGUUUAUAACACAGAGUAACUUAUGUAAGUGUUUACUUUGUAAGACCAACUAAGUAUUAUGGUUAAUUUCAAAUGCACCAAGUGGUAUAACAUCUUUAACAUCUAUAAUUUUAAACAAACAACAUUUUGAAUAAAUUUAGUGAAUAUUACUGUUGACAAAAUAAUUAUGUUAUGGGGUUUUACAUACACUUGUCUAAAAUUCUAAUGUUAAACAAUAACAGUUGAAAACAGGUUUCAGUAUUUUACAUUUUUCAGUAACCCCCAUAGUUAAUUAUCCAUUAUUCAAAACCAAGGCUUUUUAGCAUUGAAAAAUUAUCUUAUGAAGUAGACAAAAACAUAUAGGCCUACAAAAACUUUUCUUGUUGUUUACUAGGCUAACAUUUUAUAUUUUAAAAUGUCUUUUGAAAUUGGAACUUAGCUUAAAAUGGGAUCAGCUGGUCUCCAAUACAAAAGGAAAGGAAUAAGCAUUUCUCAAACUUAGGAAAGCCAAUUAAACAAAAUCUACAAAGUGUAAAACGUGAAAUGUUCAGAAGAAGUUGCAGGGAGAUAACUACAAUUGGUAUAACAUAUUAUAUUUUCCAACUCUUCCUUUUGUCACAACCAUAACGAAGUAAAAAGUCAUCAAUCAUAUUAUUUAUUUAUUUUGCUUAUAUACUCCUGCUGAAUUUUCAAUGUGAUUCAGUUUCUGUGUUAUAAUUGUUUUCACUAUCCAUUCAUUUCUUGUGGAAAUAUUGCACACAUUGUACUUGGUAUUCCUCUAUUAUUACCAGUCAAGUUGCAACACUUAAACAAUAAUUAUUGUUUAAACAAAUAAAUCCCACUAUUUACACAAUGUUAACAACCUUCGUUAGCAAUGUACCUAAUCAAUGUAGAAAUAUAGUUUAUCUCUUAAUUUAUAGUAUUAAUUUGUAAUUAAUUGUAUUGUUGUAACCGCCAUGUCAAUAUGUAAAAUUGUACAAGUUCCUUCUACUACUAAGGACAAUGCUCCUAGAUUUAAUGGUAUUUUAAAUAUCACAUAGUAAGAUCAGUAUUUAAAGUUCUAAAAUAGAUUUUAAAGUGUAAUCGAUUUGUGAUUUAUAUAGUUUAAAAUAUGUUUUCUUCCUAUACAUUCUGUAUAAAUAAUAAAUUAA